AUGAAGCCUUCUUGGUUUGCACUCAUGUUGGCAGUGCUCAGUACUGAAAUGCUAACAAGUGACUGUUCAACCAUCAAGUCUACAAGGUUCAGAGGACGUGUGCAGCAGGAGCGAAAAAAUAUCAGACCAAAUAUCAUCCUUGUACUCACAGAUGAUCAAGAUGUGGAGCUAGGAUCCUUGCAAGUGAUGAAUAAAACCAGGAGGAUUAUGGAGAAUGGAGGGGCGUCUUUCAUCAACGCCUUUGUAACUACGCCCAUGUGCUGCCCAUCUCGUUCCUCGAUGCUGACUGGGAAGUAUGUGCACAACCACAACAUUUACACAAACAAUGAAAACUGCUCUUCUCCUUCAUGGCAGGCUACUCAUGAGCCUCGUACCUUCGCUGUGUAUCUCAAUAACACUGGGUACAGAACAGCUUUUUUUGGGAAAUACCUCAAUGAAUACAAUGGCAGCUACAUCCCUCCUGGGUGGAGAGAGUGGGUUGGAUUAGUGAAGAACUCUCGCUUCUAUAAUUACACCAUUUCUCGCAAUGGUAACAAAGAGAAGCACGGAUUUGAUUAUGCAAAGGACUACUUCACAGACCUAAUCACUAAUGAGAGCAUUAAUUACUUCAGAAUGUCUAAGAGGAUAUAUCCCCAUAGGCCCAUAAUGAUGGUCAUCAGCCACGCUGCACCCCAUGGCCCCGAGGAUUCUGCACCACAGUUCUCAGAGCUCUACCCCAACGCUUCACAGCACAUCACUCCCAGCUAUAACUAUGCACCAAACAUGGAUAAGCACUGGAUUAUGCAAUACACGGGGCCCAUGCUGCCAAUCCACAUGGAGUUCACCAACGUCUUGCAGCGCAAAAGACUUCAGACCCUCAUGUCAGUUGACGACUCUAUGGAAAGAUUACACCAAAUGCUUGCAGAGAUGGGAGAACUGGAGAAUACCUACAUUAUUUACACUGCUGACCAUGGAUACCAUAUUGGGCAGUUCGGACUGGUGAAGGGGAAGUCAAUGCCGUAUGACUUUGAUAUUCGAGUUCCUUUCUUUAUUCGUGGUCCAAGUGUGGAGCCGGGAUCAGUUGUGCCUCAGAUAGUUCUGAAUAUUGAUCUUGCUCCAACGAUUCUGGAUAUAGCAGGCCUUGACACACCACCAGAUAUGGAUGGCAAAUCUGUCCUAAAGCUUCUGGACUUGGAGAGACCAGGAAACAGGUUUCGAACAAACAAGAAGACCAAAAUUUGGCGUGACACAUUUCUAGUGGAAAGAGGCAAAUUUCUACGCAAGAAGGAGGAACCCAACAAAAACACUCAGCAGUCUAAUCAGCUACCAAAGUACGAGAGAGUAAAAGAAUUAUGCCAACAAGCAAGAUACCAGACAGCCUGUGAACAACCAGGACAGAAGUGGCAGUGCACAGAGGAUGCUUCUGGCAAACUUCGAAUUCACAAGUGCAAGGUGUCGAGCGACAUCCUCGCCAUCAGAAAGAGAACGCGUAGCCUCCACUCCCGGGGCUACAGCGGCAAAGACAAAGACUGCAACUGUGGAGACACUGAUUACCGGAACAGCAGGACCCAAAGGAAAAAUCAAAGACAGUUCCUGAGAAACCCUAAUGUGCAAAAAUACAAACCUCGAUUUGUUCACACUCGCCAAACCCGGUCCUUGUCUGUGGAAUUUGAAGGUGAGAUAUAUGACAUAAACCUGGAAGAAGAAGAACUGCAGGUGUUGAGGACCAGAAGUAUCACCAAGCGUCACAAUGUUGGAAGUGAGGGGGAAGGAGAGGAAACUGCUCGUGCUGCUCGUGACACAAUGGUCGCUGAUGGCACUGAUGCUAUCGGUCAGCCCAGCUCUGUCAGAGUGACACACAAAUGUUUUAUUCUUCCAAAUGACACUAUUCACUGUGAGAGGGAGCUGUACCAGUCUGCCAGAGCCUGGAAGGAUCACAAGGCUUACAUUGAUAAGGAGAUCGAAGCUCUCCAAGACAAAAUUAAGAAUUUGAGGGAAGUUAGAGGACACCUAAAAAGAAGAAAACCAGAUGAAUGUGAUUGUAGUAAACAGAGCUAUUACAACAAAGAGAAGGGGGUAAAGACCCAAGACAAACUCAAGAGCCAUCUUCAUCCCUUCAAAGAAGCAGCACAGGAGGUGGAUGGCAAACUGCAGCUGUUCAAAGAGAACCGGAGAAGGAAGAAGGAGCGGAAGGGAAAAAGGCGCCAGAAGAAGGGAGAUGAGUGUAGCCUUCCCGGGCUGACAUGUUUUACCCAUGACAACAACCACUGGCAAACAGCACCAUUCUGGAACUUGGGCUCUUUCUGUGCUUGCACAAGCUCCAACAACAACACUUACUGGUGUUUGCGAACAGUUAAUGACACCCACAAUUUUCUGUUUUGUGAGUUUGCAACCGGCUUCUUGGAAUAUUUUGAUAUGAACACUGAUCCCUAUCAGCUGACCAAUACAGUUCACACAGUGGAAAGAGGCAUUUUGAAUCAAUUACACAUCCAGCUUAUGGAGCUGAGAAGUUGUCAAGGUUACAAACAGUGCAAUCCAAGGCCAAAGGGACUUGAAACAGAGGACAAUUAUGGGAUGGAUGGGAAGGCUAAGCUGCCCAUUUUCACUGGCGACAUUGACUGGCAAGGACUGGAAGACUUGUACAGUGUGAAUGAAAGUGUAUAUGAAUACAGACACAACUUUAGACUUAGUCUGGCUGACUGGACUAAUUACUUGAAGGAUGUAGAUAGAAUGUUUGCACUGCUGAACAGUUACUACCAGCAAAAUAAACCACACAAGGACAACACUGGCCAAAGCAACGGGGACAGGGACGAAUCAUCCACGCCGUUCACCUUGGUGGAAAUGACUUCUGCUGAGGAGUCCAGCGGCCUGACUGCAGAAGAGUUGCAGCUUAUUGUGCCAACAGACUUUGCAGCCCUUGCUCUGAGCACAGUGAAUUUAAGUCAGGAGAGGAAACUUGAAUUAAACAAUGAUAUUCCUGAGAAAAGUAGUUUGAACGAUGCACACUGGAGAAAGAGUCAUCCAGCUGAAAAAUGGAUGGAGGAUAAAGAAUCGGACCGUUUUGAUAUGGAUUUCAGUGGAAACGGUUUGAUAGAGUUGGAGUCCCGGCAUAACUUCAUGCUACAGCCCAUCAGCAUUCCUCAAAAAGACAUUCAUCAGGAUAGUGACACUGUGGAAGAUAUAUUUGAAGACCAAAUGUAUCUUCCCAUGAGGUCUGAUGAAUCCUUCGUUCGUCAGACUGUAAACAUAUCCAUUAGGGAUUCACCUGUCAGUACCCAGGAAGAAGGAACUUUCUUAAAAAAAGCCAAACAGAGUCUUGCAGGAGAAAGUUCACAAAUCCUAAAUGCAGAAGGCAGUGCCUCAGCUCCACUCUCCUUGGAUUAGAUCAAGUUGUAAACCAUUAAAUAAGUUCUCCUUUUUCUUAUUAGCAAACUAAUAAAGGUAAUCAAGACAACUGACAUUCCAUGUUUAUUGUAGAUACAUUUUGCAGCUAAAUUGAGCCCAGUUCAGUAUUUGUCUCUGCAUUUUUUUUUAUUCAUAUGCACAUACUUUCACUGUAAUUCUCCUCACUGGGAAGCAAGAUUUCCAGUUUUCCAUUAAAAGAAACAGUGUUGACUUUCAAAUGCAGUAGCACAUUCUCUGAAAGCUAAAAAUUAUUUCUUCCAAAAGGAUGCCCAAGUCACUUUCUCUAUUUCCAAAUGGUCCCACCAUGACUGAGUGUUUCAGUUCACCCACUAUGCCUGCAUAAUGUCUUUUUCAUCAAUUAUUUUAACCACUGGCAAUUCUUAAUGCCAUGCUUUCAAGUAAAAUGCACUUUUAAAAUCUGUAUGCCAUACCAUUUGUGCUUCUAAUACCUUACAGGUUCUUAGUUUGCUCAUUGUCUUAUGAAAUUGUAACACCAAUAAACAGACUGACCUGAAAGAGGUAAACACCAUGGAUUGUGGAAACAGACUCUUCAAAUAUUAUCUUAGGAAAAAUAUUGUAUGAUUUUGUUACUUUAUUAAAUUUAAUCUCAGAAAGGUAUGGCUAAUAAUUGUUAACUGUAGAAGGAUCUGUUUAAAUUGGAUUGUUUCCUUAUAUGUUGAUAUUGUCAGUAUUAAAAUUCCAUUAAUUUUUCUGACUUUUUUUUUUUUUUGCUGAUACUGGUAGAAAGGUUUACAUCAGUACAUAAAUGUUUUUCUUGCCCCAUCUGAUUUUUAUUAUUCUGAGCAAUAUCUUGAAAGCAUUAUUAUCAUUUUGAGUCUUAAAUCCCUUUCCUGUUUUGAAAACGCAUUAAAGGAAAUGAUAAAAUCAUGUUAGGUUUCCAUUAUUUUAGACACAAAAGGCACAUGAGAGUAAAAAAUAGUACUUCAGUAAUAAUUUUUGUUGCUGUAUUCUAAAUUUUCUCUUGAACUUUACCAAACAUUAAAUCAUAUGAAGUAUAAUACAAAAAUUACUUCAAAAAUCUGUAUUAGUCAAAAGUUAAUAUUUUCCCUUGCUUUUUAAUAAAUGUUUAAAUAAUUGUCACAACAGCAACAGAAGAGAAUUACCUCAAACAGACGUAAUUCUACAGUGUCCCACUCACGGGUAUGUUUCCUACCUGUUACAUGUUAUUUAGUGUAGUGAAUAUUUUUUGGCUAUUGCAAGCACUGCAGGUUAAACUUACAUUCAUUACAUUGUAUUUUAAGUUGAAACUUUUUACAAAGGAGAUUCUUUUAGUAGGAUUUUAAUAAUUUUAAGAAGCAGUCUUUUUGAUGGACUCUGUAAAUAUGUUAAAAUUACUAGUUCUUUAUCUGAUGUAUGUGUCAUGGGCUGAUUGAUAGAAGCAAAUAUUUAUGGUCAUGAAUGAUGCUAUUUGUACAUAGGUUUCAAGUUGCUAGGAUACAAACUGUGUUUUUAAAUCUUGUAUAAUAUUUCUGUGAUACUUUUAUAGUACAAUUCUGGCUUCGGGAAAGUCUGGAAGCAAUAUUUCUUGAAAUAAAAAGUGUUUUACUUUA